CUCUCUCUCUCUCUCUCUCUCUCUCUCUCUCUCUCUCUCUCUUCCAUUCAUCCCCAUCUACUACGACUAAACCACAGUCAAAAACAAUGGCCUCCGACAAUGACACUUCCAGAUCCGGAUCCACCACCGCCAACGGCAGCGAAACCCCAGCAUCACCACCACUCAAGCGGAGGAUAGCCCUGAUAACCGGCAUCACUGGACAAGACGGAUCGUACCUCACUGAAUUCCUCCUCAACAAAGGUUACGAAGUCCACGGCCUGAUCCGAAGAUCCUCCAACUUCAACACCCAACGCAUUAAUCACAUCUACAUCGACCCACACAACACCCACAAGGCUCGCAUGAAACUCCACUACGCCGAUCUCUCCGACGCCUCGUCUCUCCGCCGCUGGAUCGAUACCAUCCACCCCCAUGAGGUCUACAACCUCGCCGCCCAGUCCCACGUCGCCGUCUCCUUCGAGAUCCCCGAUUACACCGCCGAUGUCGUCGCCACCGGCGCUCUUCGUCUCCUCGAGGCCGUCCGGUCACACAUCUCCGACACCGGACGGACUGACAUCCGAUACUACCAAGCCGGAUCAUCGGAAAUGUUCGGAUCUACUCCACCUCCACAGUCUGAAUCGUCCCCAUUUCACCCUCGUUCUCCAUAUGCAGCCUCCAAAUGCGCCGCUCAUUGGUACACGGUGAAUUACCGAGAGGCAUAUGGGAUUUUCGCCUGCAAUGGCAUAUUAUUCAAUCACGAAUCGCCUCGUCGUGGUGAGAAUUUCGUAACCCGAAAAAUUACUCGUGCGGUUGGGAGGAUCAAGAUUGGGCUGCAGAGCAAGCUGUUUCUGGGUAAUUUACAGGCGUCGAGGGACUGGGGAUUCGCCGGAGAUUAUGUGGAGGCAAUGUGGAUGAUGCUUCAGCAAGAUAAGCCGGACGACUAUGUGGUGGCGACGGAGGAAUCGCACUCGGUGGAGGAGUUCUUGGAAGUGGCAUUUGGGUAUGUCGGAUUGGAUUGGAAAGACCAUGUGGUGAUCGACAAGAGGUAUUUUAGGCCGGCGGAGGUAGAUAAUUUGAAGGGUGAUUCGAGCAAGGCGAGGAAGGUUCUUGGGUGGAAGCCUAAAGUUGGGUUUGAGCAGUUGGUGAAGAUGAUGGUUGAUGAGGAUGUUGAGUUGGCGAAGAGAGAGAAAGUGCUUGUUGAUGCAGGGUAUAUGGAUGCCCAGCAACAGCCAUGAGCACAGAUUCACAGUUCUUUGUUUCUUCCAUCAUUACUGUUCUAUUCAAUUGGGAGUUUUCAAGUUCAACAUUUUUUCCUUUGCUUUACUUUGAAGGUGGGUGUUAUUGUUCUCACUCUGCAGUCCUUUCAAUUAUUUUAGGUUAAUUAAAGGCCCAUAAUGUUAUAGAUUGUUCCAAUGUUUUUCAAAUCCGUUUAUGUAUUUUGAGGGAAUUUAUAUAAAUAUAUAAAUAUAAAAACCUUAGUUGUUAAAG